AUGGAAACCAUCCCGGAAUCGCAAGAGGUGACCUUACGCAAUCGAAAGUCACCAAGAAAGGCUAAAACUAGUUCAGCAGAAAAUGACACGGUAGAAAAACAGGACGCAAACGAAGAAAAAUCGCUAAAACAUCACAAAAGAGCUCAACCUAUAAGCGAGGAACCUGAAAAGCUUAAACCACGUAAUCAAGUGGCUGCUGCUGUUGCUGCUGGUGACAAAGAUGGCGAAUGCGACAGAGCGAAUCCGUUUGUGAUUCGGGUUCAGCUGGAUGGGGCCUCCGUGCUGCUGUUCCUGGUGUCCUUCGUAACCCGCUUCUAUCGGUUAACCUAUCCCAACGGAGUGGUUUUCGAUGAAAUUCAUUACGGUCGCUUUGCAUCGUUAUACCUGCGGAAUACGUUUUAUUUUGACCAACAUCCACCGCUGGGGAAAAUGCUGAUAGCCGGAGCCGCCAGUGCCGUUGGAUACAGUGGGAAAUUCGAGUUCCCCAAGAUCGGCAGCGAAUACGACGCGAGUGUACCAGUUUUCGCCUUCCGUUUCAUACCGGCCCUGUGCGGUACCCUUCUAGCACCCGUAGUAUACAGCAUCCUACGGCAGAUCAAGUUGAGCCAGCGAAUGUGUAUCAUUGGAGGAUUUCUCAUUUGUUUCGACAAUGCACUCCUGACGCAUUCUCGCUUCAUCCUGAUGGAACCGAUGCUGUUACUCUUUUCCAGCGUUGGCAUUCUAUUUGUACUAAAAUUCCUUAACAGUCAUCCUUUUACAGUCCGGUGGUGGACCUUCGGUACCUUAGCCGCAGCCGCACUGACGGCCGGGGUCUGCGUGAAAUACAUCGGAUUCUACAGUUACUUCCUUGCGUGUUACAUCGUCGGUCGUCACGUUUGGAUGCAGCUUCCCGAUCGAACUCAGUCCAACCUCUAUCUGAUAGCUAAAAGUGUCACAAAGGCAGCACUUUUCCUGGCAGUUUCCGCGGCCCUGUAUCUAGGUUGCUUCUACGUUCAUCUCAACGCUCUUUACAAAGCGGGACCUCAUGACAGCGUGAUGACCAGUGCCUUCCAGGCGUCGCUAGACGGUGGUCUAGCGUCGAUCACCAAAGGUCAACCUCUACGCAUUCAGCACGGCUCACAAAUAACUCUCAAACACACGCAUGGUCGCGUAUGCUGGCUUCACUCCCACGCCCAUGUUUAUCCGAUCAAGUAUAAAGACGGCCGAGGAUCAAGCCAUCAACAGCAGGUCACGUGCUAUGGUUUCAAAGAUGUAAACAAUUGGUGGAUAGUUAAGCGACCGGAUAAGGAGAACAUCGUGGUAGAGGACGAACCGGACUACAUCGAACAUGGCGACGUUGUUCAGCUGGUUCACGGAGUCACCAGUCGGGCAUUGAAUUCCCACGAUGUAGCGUCUCCCAUGACUCCCCUAUGUCAGGAGAUAUCCUGCUACAUAGAUUACAACAUAUCCAUGCCAGCCAACCUGUUGUGGAAAAUAGAAAUCCUCAACCCAAAGGAUUCGAAGAACAAAUGGAACGCAAUCACUUCGCAGAUACGACUGAUACACGUUGACACGACUGCGGCGUUAAAGUUCACCGGAGAACAACUGCCGGAUUGGGGAUUCAAUCAGUUUGAAGUCGCAGCUGAUCGCAGACAGUUUAGUAUAGACACUAUUUGGAAUGUUGAAGAGCAUCGCUACACCCAAGAUAAAGACAAGAAGGACGUACUGGAGAAGUUGUUGAAAACCGAGAUGAUUCCAACUGAGCCAACUAAAUUAUCUUUUUGGGAUAAAUUCUCAGAAUUGCAGAUGAAAAUGUUGUUCCAUGCGGAAAAAAUGGAAGGCCACAUGUACUCAUCGGAGCCAUUCGAUUGGCCACUGAUGGAUAAAGGGAUUGCCUACUGGGUGGAUGCCGCGUCCAACGCACAGAUUCAUCUGCUCGGAAACUUGGUCAUCUGGUACUCGGCUAGUUUCUCCAUAAUCGUGUAUGGUAGUUUUCUGGUAUUCUAUUUGAUCCGCAGACGUCGAAAGAUUUUCGAUCUCGAUGAAAAAGAGUGGCAACAGUUUCGCUUUGGAGGCGAGAUCUUCCUAGCUGGCUACUUCAUCCACUAUCUGCCAUAUUUCUUCAUGGAACGAACGCUGUUCCUGUACAAUUACCUGCCGGCGUUGCUUUACAAAAUCCUACUGCUGUGCUUCGUUUUGGAACACCUUCAGCUAGUCAUCAGGAAGUUUGUGAAGAUUCAACUUGUGACGGUGAUUUUUAACAGCAUCCUUGCAGCCUGGGUGGCUGGAGUUUUCUACUUCUACUCAAAGUAUAGUGUAUUUUCCUACGGAACAACCGAACUCAGUGCGGAUGAAGUGCUGAAACUUCGCCUCAAAGAUACGUGGGAUUUGAUCGUUCAUAAGCCGUAG